AUGCAUUCCAAGGUCCUUCUCUCGGCUCUGGCCUUUGGUGCCUCCACAUCUGCCGGCACGGUCCCUACACGAAAGCAUACUCGCCAGGCUCCUACAACCCUUGAUGCUGCUUUCAAGGCUGCAGGCAAGGAGUAUGUCGGCACAGCUCUCACGAUCCGUGAUGAUCCUCAGGAGCAGGAGAUCAUUACGACUCAGUUCGGCUCCAUUACGCCUGAGAAUGCCAUGAAGUGGGAGGUAACUGAGUCCAGCCGGGGAAAUUUCUCUUUCGACGGAGCCGAUGCCGUCGUUGCGUUUGCCCAGGAGAACGAUCAGACGAUCCGAUGCCACACCCUGGUCUGGCACAGCCAACUGCCGACGUGGGUCUCGGGGGGCGGGUUCGACAACGCCACGCUGCUUGAGAUUAUGAAGACUCACAUUGACACGGUUGUGGGGAGGUAUAAGGGUGUUUGUGACCAGUGGGAUGUGGUCAACGAGGCCCUCAACGAGGACGGCACUUACCGCGAAAAUGUCUUUUACCAGACGAUUGGCGAGGCCUACAUCCCCAUCGCCUUCCAGUACACCCAGGCUGCCGACCCAGAUGCUCGCCUAUUCUUGAACGACUACAAUCUCGAGUACGCCGCCGACAAGGCCAAGGGUGCUGCUCGCAUUGUCCAGCUGGUCCAGUCCUACGGUGCGCGCAUUGACGGUGUCGGUCUGCAGGGUCACCUCACCUCUGAGCCAACCACUUCCUCCGGAGGCGGCGUGAUUCCCAGUCUGUCCACGCUUGACAGCGCCCUGGCUCUGUACACGGACCUCGGCGUGGAUGUUGCCUACACCGAGCUCGACAUACGGUUCAACACAUCGUCUGGUGACUUGGCUACAAAGUUGGAGACCCAGGCCGAUGCGUAUGUCAGCGUCUUCCAGUCGUGUCUCAACAACGAUCGGUGCAUUGGGAUUACCAUCUGGGGCGUUUCGGAUAAGUACUCUUGGAUUCCAAGUACCUUUACGGGAGAAGGUGAGGCGCUGGUGUGGGAUGACAACUACCAGGAGAAGCCGGCCUACCAGGCUAUCUUGAAUGCGAUCAAUGCGGCUGGCAACUCCACAGCACCUUCAUGCGGCGAUGGAGCGGCCAAGUACAAGUAUAGGAAGAUGGCAUAA